AUGUCUAUUACACAAUUGGAACAUCUUUCAAAUGAAAUUUUUUAUGAAAUUUUCGAUUAUCUAGAUGGUUGUUUUGUAUAUAGUAUUUUUUCAAAUCUUAAUAUUCGUUUUAAAUAUCUUUGCAAUGAUUCAUCUCUUCCACUCAAACUUAAUCUAUCAUGGACAUCAAAAUCAACUUUUGAAUAUUAUUAUAACUAUAUUAUUAUACCAAAUUUAAAUCGAAUUAUUUCACUUCAUAUACCAAAUCCAUUAGCAAUUAAAUCUAUUCUUUCAUUAUUUUCAAUUAAUAAUUCAUUUAUUCGACUUGAAUCAAUCAAUUUUGGAAGAAUAAACGCUGCACAUAUUACAUCUCUUCUAACUCAUUUAAAAAAAUUGCCUCGUCUUUUCUCUUUAUCUAUAAAUAUUAAUAAUCCAAAAUAUGAUACCCAUAUAAUUUUUCAAUUAAUAUUUCUUCUUCCAGUUUUAAAAUAUUGUAAAAUUUCUUCAGAAAAUGAUGAAUCUAUGUUUUCAAUACCAAUUUUAGCUCGAAAAAAUGAACAACAAGAAAGUUCUAUUGAAUAUUUAAUUAUUAAUAGUAUUUGUGAAUUUGAUCAACUUAUUGCUAUUCUUUCGUAUACUCCUCGACUUACACAUUUAUCUUGUCAUUCUUUAUAUAUUGGCAAUGAUCAAAUACAAAUACCAAUAAUUGUUACUACUACUACUAAUUUAAGAAAAUUAUCUAUUGAAUUAGAUGCAACACCAUUUCAUAUCUUUAAAACAUUUGUUAGUAAAAUUUCUUUUCAAUUAGAAGUAUUACGUAUUUCUGCAAAAUAUGAAAAUAGUUAUCUUGAUGCUAAACAAUGGCAACAAUUAAUUUCAUGUCAUAUGCCACAUUUACGUAUAUUUGAUUUUCAAUUUAAAAGUCAAUUAUGUGAUGAUGAAAUGAAAUCUAUUGAAUAUGAUAAACUUAUAGAACAAUUUAAUAAUAAAUUUUGGUAUGAAAGAAAAUGGUUUUUUACAUAUCAAAAUUGUCGUGGUGAUUAUGGACCUUUUAAAAUCUUUUAUUCAACUCGUCCAUACAGGAGAAAUUAUUAUAAAUUAUAUGAACGUACAACUGAUAAUCUUGAUAUAUCUACAUAUCAAGAUAAUUCUAUGCAUUCAUGUCGUCAUAUUCUUAUUAUAAAUCAAUGGACUAAUGUCAAUUGUUCAAUUCAAUUUCCAUAUGCUACUAAACUAACUCUCAAUGGUGGUUUUGUUGAUAAUAUUCCAUUAUUAAUUAGAAGUCUCAGCAGUAUUAUAUCUUUAACACAGAUUACUGAUUUAGUUCUAGAAUAUAAUUAUUUAUUUAUGAAUAAAUUUCUUAUGUUACUUCAAUAUUUACCUAAUAUUAAAUCUUUAACUAUUCCUCAAACGUCUAUUAUACAAACACAUGAUUUAUCUGAAAAUGAAAUUGAAACAAUUCUUAUAAUAUCGAAAAGAAAUCAUAUUAAAAAAAUAUCUAUUAUUGAUCGAGAAUGUUGUACACUUAAACAACUACAUUUUCUAUUUGAUUUAUGUCCACAAAUAGAAUAUUUAACAAUAAAUCUAGCAGAAAUUUAUGAAGAUAUAAUUAUAGAAUUUUUAAUAUCAAAAAUGAAAGAAAAUAAUUAUCGAUUUUUCUUAUUAUGUCUUGCUCGUUGGAAUGCAAAUAUUGAUAUGAUUAAAAAAAUUCAUUUGAUUAUUAAUCGUGAAAAAUUACUCGAUAAUUAUUCACUUGAACUUUUUAAAGAUAAUAUCUAUUUAUGGUGUUGA